AGCCAUACAUGUUUCCUCCGUCCUCUCAGAUCCCCGUUUUGUCCUGCAAGGUGUGGUUGACUGCAGGUGCACACGCGCUCCUAAAUCCAUCGCGCUGCGCUCAGCGAAAGAAGUCGAUGCACAUUUCACAGAGUUCAACUUCUCAACUGCCCCAAAGGAGGAAGCGUAUUUCAAAAUGCUCGGAGAGGACGAGCCGCUUGCCUGCAGAAUGAAAGAGAUCCGCUUGAGGGGUAAGGAUAAAAAAAAUCGACUUAGUCUUCUUCUGACGAAGUCUGGAUCUCAUGAAAAUGUCAGUCCUGAAAAGAAGCCACCAACUACAAAUAACCACAUAACACCGGAAUUGGCCCUUAAAUGGAGGGAUUCAUUCGAGGAGUUGCUGAGUCAUUCAGAUGGGGUAGAAAUCUUCACUCAGUUUCUGCGCACUGAGUUCAGUGAGGAGAACAUUGAGUUUUGGUUGGCCUGUGAGGACUUUAAAACCACAGAGUCUCCAACUAAACUGCAGACUAAAGCCAAACAGAUAUAUGCAGUUUUCAUCGACAAGGAAGCACCCAAAGAGAUCAACAUAGACCACUCAACCAAGGUCGCCAUUGAGAAGAAUGUCCUUCAGCCAACUCAGUCCUGCUUUGAUGUGGCGCAGGGUAAAAUCUACAGCUUGAUGAAAAGAGACUGCUACACCCGAUUCCUCACCUCAGACAUCUAUUUGUCCCUGACCAAAAGAAGACCCCAACCAACUAUGGUCAGGAGAAGAUCUCGCUCCUUUGUUUUCAAUGAACGUAAUGAAGGCCCAGCUUCCUGGUUGUAGAGUUGUACUGUGGUGCAAGAUUUGUUCAUAUCGUUUAUGUUUAUUUUUGUCAACAAUACUUGAUCGUGUGACAAACACCUCUUAGCUAUUUAUUAACGUUAGUUCCAGUGUGCUGGUAUUUUAUUACUAAUCACUCAUGAUUGUCAAGCGUUCUGCUCAAGGAUUUUGUGCCAAGCUAUUUUAAUCAAUCGUGUUUAGAAUGUGUAAAUUGUACAUAAUUGUUUUACAAGAAAGAUCUGUACUGUAUAUAUACUGUUUUGUUCAAUUAUACAGCUAAAUGUACAUGUGUCAACAUUUGCAUUGCUCUUUAAGACAGUAAAUAUUUUAGUAAAAACUUUGAAUUUGGGAAAAUGUUAAUGUCUAAUGAUGAAUAGCGCUUAGUAAUAGCAAAAGUUAUUUCAUUUCUUUUUGCAAACUUUUUAUACAAUCUUAAACUAUUCUUUUGAUUUUCAGUUGACCUAGAAUUUUGGGGGUUUAUUUAUUCUGGCCAAAAACUAUCCAAUUAGACAAGAAAAGAUUGUCUGACUGACAUGUAAAAUGUCCAGCCACAGUUAGUUUUGUCUUGUGGUAGUGUUUAGGAACAGAGGAAUAGUCAAUAAUACCACAAAAACAGACCAGCAUGAAAAAAAAAAACUUCAAAUCUUAGUAAAGCUUUCAGUUUACAAAGAUUAA